AUGGUCAUGCUCACCUUUGACGACAGCAUCAACGGUCAAAACAUGCACUACUUCCGGGGAAUUUUUAACGGAACUAUAAAAAAUCCUAACGGCUGCCCCAUCAAAUCGACAUUCUUUGUGUCGGGAGACAGCAGUGACUACGACAUGGUCAAACAGAUCUACAAGCAAGGCCAUGAGAUCGCUUCCCACACAAUGAGCCACAGGGAGCCGACCACCUGGUGGGCCUACGCUGGCUACGAAAACUGGGAGCACGAGAUAGUUGGCAUGAGGAACCGACUGAACGAAAAAUCGGGCGUUCCGGUUAGGGAAAUCACCGGCAUGAGAGCCCCAUUUUUACAGGUUGGCGGAGAUGCACAAUACGCCAUGCUAAAGGAGAACAAAUUUCGAUACGACUCUUCCAUGGUCACUGGCAGUCUGUAUACUAAUAAGCAGAAGCCAGUUUGGCCAUUCACACUGGACACGCCCCCUGACAGCACCACAUGCAGCCUGACCCCUUGCCCCACCCGCUCCUAUCCAGGAUUGUGGGAGGUGCCACUCAUCAGGUGGUACGGAUCUAACAGAGUGGCCUGUGCUAUGCCAGAUGCAUGUACCAUUGGUUUAGGAACAGAGGGUACGCUGAAAUUUUUGCAGGACAACUUCGACAGGCACUACACUACAAACAGAGCUCCCCUUGGCGUCUUCAUUCAUGCUUCCUGGUUCGGAAGGAAAAACGGAAAUUUCGAAGGAAUGGUAGAGUUCUUAAGAUCAUUAGCGGACAAAGAGGAUGUAUGGGUCGUUACCGUGAAUCAGAUGCUUGACUGGGUUCAACACCCAGUUAGGUUAUCGGCCCUCAACACCAUACAAACUUGGGCUUGUUAA